GUGCGUUUUUCACAGAUUCGAUCUUGAUCGCAUGUUCCUAUUGAGUGUAUUACUGUAAAGAGUGCAUGCAUGGCUGGACGGGUACGCUCUUGAUAAAUUGCAUCUUACUGCCUUGAUGAUCAGCCCCAGGGGAAGGAAAUCAAGAUGGCCACAACACAGACCAUGACAAUAUCUCGAACGGCGACAUCACCAGCAGAAUCCUCAACUCCCGAGACUUUCGAACUAAGCCUCAAGUCUCCGGGGAAGUCUCUACGGGAGAUAUCACGACGAGUCGUCAAUGGCGCGCCAUCUCGGCCGCAAGAAUCAUCUUCCGACGAGGAAGAUCAUGUCCAUGUCCAUGACGAUGUCGAACCUCCUGCCACAGCACAAGCUGUAGCUCAGCGCUGGAACCAACCGAGAGCCAACAUCAGCAAGUUGGGAUUUGCAUUCUGGACGUUCGUCAUUGCCGGCAUGAACGAUGGUGCUGUUGGCGCUUUGAUCCCAUACCUCGAAUCAUACUACUCCCUCAAUUACACCAUCAUCUCACUCAUCUUCUUGACCCCCUUCGCCGGCUACUCCCUGGCAGCCUUCACCAAUGCCAGCAUCCACAGCCGGCUCGGCCAGCGCGGUAUCGCCGUCAUGGCGCCUAUAUGCCAUAUCAUCACAUACGCCAUUCUCGCCGCCCAUCCGCCCUUCCCCGUCCUUGUCGUCGCCAACGCCCUCUCGGGCUUCGGCAACGGCUUGAACGAUGCCUGCUUCUGCGCCUGGGUCGGUGUCAUGGACAAGGCGAACGCCGUCCAAGGUGUCAUGCAUAGCUGCUAUUCGAUCGGUGCGCUCAUGGCUCCCCUGGUCGCGACAAGCAUGGUUGUCAGGGCGGACAUGCCGUGGUGGAACUUUUACUAUGUUAUGAUCGGCGCUUCUGUUGUCGAAUUCGUUGGUCUAAGCACCACAUUCUGGCGCGAGACCGGCGAAAAGUAUCGCAUCGAACACCCUCGCGAAACGGACGCCACUGGCGGCCGGACCAGAGAAGCUCUCAAGUCCAAGAUCACUUGGCUCUGCGCCGCCUUCUUCUUCGUCUACAUGGGCAUUGAAGUCGGUCUGGGCGGCUGGAUCGUCACAUUUAUGCUACGUGUUCGCUCCGCCUCGCCCUCCGCAUCGGGCUACUCAGGCUCGGGCUUCUGGGCCGGCCAAGCCCUGGGCCGCGCGACUUUGGGCUUCGUGACCGAACGCUUCGGCGAGCGCGUGUGCAUCUUGAUCUACCUCGCCUUCUGCCUCGCGCUGGAACUCAUCUUCUGGCUCGUCCCGCAGUUCAUCGUGUCCGCCGUGGCCGUCGCGUUUCUGGGCUUCUUUCUCGGCCCGAUGUUCCCUGGCGGCGUCAUGAUGGCGGCGAAACUGCUCCCCAAGCAUAUCCACGUCAGCAGUAUUGGAUUCGGCAUGGCCAUGGGCGGCACGGGCGGCACCGUGUUUCCCUUUGCGAUCGGCGCCAUUGCUGCGAGUAAGGGCGUCAAGGUGUUGCAGCCGGUGAUCCUGAGCUUGAUCGUGCUGCUGGCUGGGGUGUGGAUUAGUUUUCCGAGGGUCAAGAAACGGGAGUGAUUUUACGAACAGGUGCCGUGAGAGAUUGGCAGCGCCGUCAGGCACAGAACAAGCCAGCGGCAUCGAACCGUCUCAAGGGUGGUCAUAGACGACUUUCAAGGGCUUAUGAUAAGCAUUAUGUGGUCCUGUACUCUUCAGUAUCGGGUUCCGUUAUACCCACAUGAUAUAGACAUAGACGGGGAGCAUGUCGAAAGGCGAAAAGGCGAAAAAGCUUCGGAAUUAAGUCGAUUAUC